AUGGAAUUAGAAUCAACAAAACAACUAACUCAUCAUCAGUUGUUUGAAACAAUAUUCGAAAAGGUACACAUUAUUGUCCUUAUUGCUACUGAUAAACAGAAAUACUUGUGGUUAGUGUGUAUAGCAGAUACACCACAUGCUGUCAGGUUCCACUCCAUGCUACAAAAGCUUGCACAGCUAGAUCCAACAAAUCCAAAUGUGGACAGUGUGUGGGAAGCACUUGACUCACUUUCAUCUGAAGCUAUAAAACCUGGGUUUUAUAUCCACAAAAAGCCAGCACACACUCAAAAAUAUCAUGAAAGAAGAGCUGACAGUAUUAACAAAACACAUUCUUUUGAUAUCCUUAAUACAAGCACAGUGUCUACGCAGACCGAGGUGGAAUAUACCAGAGAAGUAAAGCAAAUAUGUGAUAAUGAGAAACAGCAUCAGUUGUCACCAUCAGAAGCAAAACUGUCAUUCCCAGCACCACCUCCUCUUCCUCCUCCUCCACCUUGUCUGCCACUGCCACUUAUUUCAGUGGUGUCAUCAGCUAUGCCAUCAGCUUCAGGGGUGCUAUCACCUUCAUCACUUGCAGGUUACAGUUCUCAACAAAAAAAUUAUGUACCUCCACCUCCUCCAAUUCCCAAUAGUGACAGCUUUGAAACACUGAUGUUACAUAGGAGACAUUCACUUCCAGCAUAUUUACCAGAUUCUGCAAGUUUGUGGACACCAGUAAAGGACAAGUCUGACACACUACCACUGCCCAAGCGGAAGAUGAAAACCCUAAGCUGGACAAAGAUUCCAGUCUCUAUGAUAGGUGAAUCAGUAUGGACUGAAAUGCAGAGCGAAGCAAAGAGUCUUAGAGUUGAUUUCAAGCAAAUGGAAGAACUGUUCUGUCAGAAAACUGCUACUGUGCAACAUCGAAAGUCUUCUCCAGUAACACUUCCAGCACCAAUAACUCCCAAGAUCACUUUACUGGAAACCAAGAGAGAUCUGGCAGUAAACAUUUAUCUAAAACAGUUCAAAUUGGGAGGGAAAGCAGUCAUAGAAGGUAUAAAGAACCUUAAAGGAGGUGAUAUAGGUCCUGAGAAACUGAAAGCUCUCUUGCCACUACUUCCCACAGAAAAAGAGCUGACUUCAGUCAGAUCCUAUUCUGGAGAUCUGGAUCGUUUAGGAGAGGCAGAGAAAUUUUAUCUUCAGCUAUCAGAAGUACCUUCCUUUGUCCUCAGGAUUAGGGCAAUGUUGCUUAAAGAAGAGUUUCCUUUAAGAACAUCUGAACUGAGAGAACAACUAAAUGCCGUUGCAGAUGCAUGCAAUAAGCUGAAGGCUAAUAAACGUUUGAAAGAAUUUCUAGCACUAGUACUUCAACUUGGAAACUACAUAAAUGCUGGAAGCUAUGCGGGCAAUGCAGCAGGCUUUACACUCAGUACACUACCAAAGCUCCUAGAAAUAAAAGCAAACAAACCAAGGCUGACAUUCUUGCACUAUGUGGUAGAAGUUGCAGAAGCUAACAAUAAGGAAAUAUUACAAUUCACAGAAGAUAUGAGUAACAUGAAAGAAAUGGCAAGGAUAUCAGUGGAGCUGCUCCAGGAAGAAGUGAUGAAACUUAUUAGUGAUGUCAAACAUGUUGCAUCACAGCUGAAGGAAGAUACAAGUGGAAUCAGGGUGCAGUUCAAAGAUUUCUUUAAGGCUGCUUUGAAAUGCAGUAAUGAACUUCAGCAGGCUAUGAAUAAGGUGAAGGCUUGUACUCAUGCUUUAGCCAAACAUUUCUGUGAAGAUCCUAAGAAAUUCAAGCCAGAAGAAUGUUUCCAUUUGUUUGCUGAGUUUUUUACCAUAAUUCAGAGAGUUCGACUGGAAAAUGAAGAGAAAAGGAAAUCAGAACAACAGCAAAUUCAAGAGCAGAUGGAAACAAACAAACUAACUGCAAACGGAGGUAGAGGCAGAAAAAAGUUUUUACCACAUCGACAAUAUACUGCAGCUAAACAGAUUUUAAGGGAUAUUUGCAGUAAAAAUUUCAAAUUACGUCAAACUGAAGCUCAGUACUGA